GGCUCAGGGGGAGGUACUGCAGUUCGGAUCGUGCCAGAACAAGCCAUGGCUCCAUCUCCCCGCCUAGUGCCUGCUGCCCUGUUGGGCAUGGGCGCGUACCUCCUGGUGUCCCAUUCGCAGUCCUUCGUGACCACGGGCACGCCCGCGAGGCAAAGCCGCAUGGCCAUGCGCGGCUUCAAGGAUGACUUCUACGCAUGGAAGGACACCCUGAGCAAGGACGAUCAGGCUCUGCUGCUGAAGCAGGCCCAGAACGAGUUCAACAAAAAGUUCAGGUCAGGCGAUGACUUCAAGAAGACGGUGGAUCAGGAGAAGAUUGCGGCCUUCGGCAAGGUCCUCCAGAAGUUCUUCGACAACGAGAGGGAGGACUACAAGAAGGAGGAGUCUAUGAGGGCCCCCGACUACCAGGCUUUGCAGAAAAGGGCCGGCCAGGUGGGCUACGACUUCGGCUUGAAAUCGGAGACCGUGGAAAUCGACCGUGACGCUGACCGUCGCUGGGCCACUGCCAGCCGAAAGAUGGCCAUGGCGGAGAAAGAGGGCAAGGAGUAUCCCGACAGUUCUCCUUUGGAGGAGCUGUUUGCGAUUGCCAACGACGCGGAGCACCACGACAACAACGUGAAGACUCUUGAGAAGCUGAAGGAAGACUCCAAGGGCUUCAAAGACCUUGACGCAAUGUUCAAGGACUUUUCGAUCCCAGCUGCUGGCGAGGACUUCAAGGUGAUGAUGCCCCGGGUCCUGUUUGAGAAGCUAGGUGACUAUGCCAACCAGUAUAAGGAGAAGCUCGAGGCCUACAAGAAGGACCACAGCGAGUCCGAGGCGGAGUCUUACGCCAAUGGGGAGCUGCAAGAGGAGUGGGUGAAGACCCUGGGGACGCUUGUGGGUGAGUACUACGAGGCACGUCAGGAGGUGGAGAAGGAGGUGACGCAGCUGAAGAAGUUCUUCCGCUCCCAGAAGGAGAUGCCAGGCAAGACCAAGGCGGACAUUGUGAAGCAGAUCUGGAAGGAGCUGCCCAAGUGGUCGGACAGCCCGGUGCCGCCCUUGGACGAGGAGAUGUUGGCGGACCUCGCCAAGGAGCCGGCGUCAGUCAAGGGCGAGUUCAAGCACAACUGGGGCACCGCUGAGAACUGUACAAGUCGGAGGCCAUCGAUUCGUUCGGCAACCGGUACCUGCUGGGCGUCUUCGAGGACACCAAGGACGCAGAGAAGGCCUUUGAUGCCUGGAACAAGGAGUAUGAGAAGGCUGGCCAGGAUGUGAAGGAGAGAGCAUGAAGAACUGGGCCAAGCAGCAGGAGGCGGAGCUGGCGGAGGAGCAGGACUCCGUGGACCGCAUCCGCAAGGCCCUCGAGGAGGCCAGGCGAUGACCCGAGAGCUCGAGACCGCGGAGCUCCGCUCGGCGAAGGAGAGAACUAUCCCGCCCUCGAGAAUGACAAUCACCCCUUGCGCGGCGUUUUGAUGGCGCGAGUUUUUGUUUUUUUCCUCGGCGACAAGAUGGCCACGCGGUCUUUUCCAGG